CCAACUGCCCUUUUGCCAUCAGCCACCGGCCCUGAGCCUCCAGCCCGCUCCCAUUGGCUGUCGUCCCUCUGCACCACCACUGGCCGCACGGCUGGCCGCUGGCGAACCCCCGGCCAGUCUGCCCAGCUGGGACGACGUCGCCCAGCAUCUCCCCCUGGAACCCCCCCAUCUCCAGCGGCGGGCAGGCCCAGACGACAAACCUUGGAACGAGGCUGGAGGGCCUGUGCCGUCCUGUCGCCGGUGCAGCCACCGCUGACAGCUCUCUCUGUCCUCGCCCGCCCCUCGGCCUGCCAUCGACUUGAAGCGCUCGCCGUCGCCGUCGCCUUGCCGCGCCUCCCACUGGACCUCGCCUCACCUCGCCGCACCGCACUGUACCGCACCGCACCGAGGCACGCAAAACAGUCGGACCAGACAUCUCUGACGUGA